AUGUCCGGAGCCAUCCCCACCAGCACCUCGGUCACCGAAUCGACCGUCAUCAACGCCCCUCUCUCGCACGUCUGGCACUUCAUCAAGCUCCAGGACUUCAACAAGUUCUGGUCCGCUCUCGACAAGUCCGAGUACUCCAAGGGCACCUCUGAGGAGACGGACGUUGUCAAGUGGCAGUUCAAGGACGGCACCGUCAUCGAGGUCAAGCAGGAGGAGCACUCUUCGCUCAACCACUACAUCACCUACUCUGUCAUCACCGCCAACCCCGCUCUGAGCUACACCUCUGCCGUCAGCACCAUCCGCUGCUACGCCGUCACCUCUGGCGAGAACGAGAACAGCACCUUCGUCCAGUGGACCGGCAACUUCUCCUCUGACGCCGAUGCUGGUGUCAUUGAGGACGCCAAGUUCAAGCGCCGUGAGGCCCUCGCCGACCUCGCCAAGGCCGCCAAGAAGCUUUAA